UAUUAGCCGUUGAAUUUUGUCGAGUUGAUAUAGGUUAUACUGGCUGGACAAUCUUCUAUGCUGGACUAUGCCUGCUCAGUUGGAGUUUAUUGUAGUUGAUUGUACAAUUAUAAAGUUUGAAUAUGUGGAAUUGAUCCAACUAUUCCUUUUUCUUUUUAUUUGGGCCCGCCUUAGAAUUCCAUAAUUGGAAAGAUCCUUUUUUUUUUCUUUUUCUUUUCUGAAAACAUGUUGCAGGGUCUUCUGUUCUUCAAUGUGUAUAAAUAUCUGUUGCUGCAGUUACUUUAUAUCUUGCUAUUUUUGCUGUCUUGUUUUUCUUUUGAGUCGAGGGUCUACCAGAAACAGCCCCUCUACCUCACAAAGGUAGGGGUAAGGUCUGCGUACAUCCUAACCUCCCUAGACCCCACUUGUGGGAUUACACUGGGUAUGUUGUUGUUGUUGUGUGUUGCAGGGUCAUCUGUGCAUGUUCUAGGGUGAGCUAUCGGGCAGCCCGGUGCACAAAGCAGUUCUGGGGAAGGGCCGCACCCCGGGGGGUGUGAUGUAGACAACCUAUCCUAAUGCAAGCACUAAGGGCUGCUUCCAAAAGUAGUGUGGCUGCUGGGAUCAUAUCUAUAGUACUUGUUAAUUAUCAUUUAAUUGGGGUGUAACAUGUCCCAUCAACAAGGAGAUGAUGCUGAUUACGUAGCUGAUGAAUAUGAAACAGAAGAACUAGAUGAUAGUGAUGAUUCCGAUGGCAGAGACUUGUAUAGCUCUGAUUCCGAUAUAGAUGACUACAUGAAUAAUAGCAUGCUAGAUAUUUCGGCUGCUGAUGUAAGGAGAGGCAAAGACAUUCAAGGGAUUCCCUGGGAAAGCCUUAACGUAAUGACCAGGGAGAAAUAUAAGCAAAUAAGACUAGAGGAGUAUAAGAACUACCAAAAUUUUCCUCAAUUUGGUAAGAUAUCAGAGAAGGAGUGCAAAACCACAAAGACCGAGGGUUCAUUCUAUGAUUUCAGACGUAAUUCAAGAUCUGUUAAAUCAACGAUUCAACACUUCCAGCUGAGGAAUUUGGUCUGGGCAACUUCUAAGCAUGAUGUGUACCUUAUGUCACAUUUUUCUGUCAUUCAUUGGUCAUCAUUGACCUCCACGAGAACUGAAGUUCUCAACGUAUCAGGGCAUGUAGCGCCGCGCGAGAAACAUCCUGGAAGCCUUUUAGAGGGAUUUACACAUACCCAAGUAAGCACCCUUGCUGUGAAAGAUAAGUUGCUUGUUGCUGGUGGAUUUCAUGGAGAACUUAUCUGCAAGUAUUUGGAUAAGCCUGGAGUUUGUUUUUGUUCGCGAACAACAUGUGAUGAUAAUGCCAUUACCAAUGCCAUUGAAAUUUACAACACUGCCAGUGGUGUACUUCAUUUUAUAGUUUCAAAUAAUGAUUCUGGAGUUAGAGAUUUCGAUCUGGAGAACUUUGAACUGUCCAAGCAUUUCCGUUUUCCCUGGCCAGUGAAUCAUACAUCAGUCAGUCCCGAUGGUAAGCUUCUCAUAAUAGUUGGGGAUAAUCCUAAAGGUAUAUUGGUUGACUCCACGAAUGGAAAGGCUGUUGCUCCUUUGCGUGGACAUGUAGACUACUCAUUUGCAUCAGCAUGGCAUCCUGAUGGCUUAACAUUUGCAACUGGGAACCAGGAUAAAACGUGCAGAAUAUGGGAUAUUCGGAACUUGUCCAAGUCUGUCACUGCUUUGAAGGGUAACCUUGGAGCUAUUCGGUCAAUCCACUACACGUCUGAUGGCAGAUACAUGGCUAUGGCAGAGGCUGCAUAUUUGGUCCAUGUUUUUGAUGUAAAAAGUGGGUAUGAGGUGGAGCAAGAAAUUGAUUUCUUCGGUGAGGUAUCAGGAGUGUCUUUUAGUCCCGAUACAGAGUCCCUUUUCAUUGGGGUGUGGGAUCGUACAUUUGGCAGCCUCCUUGAGUUUGGACGGCGCCACAACUAUUCAUACCUUGAUACAAUAAUAUGAACCAGUAGCAUAUUCAGCAGAGGUGGAAGUGGAUUUAGGUGCAUAUUUGUUGUAUCAUGCUAUUUAGGUCCGAUAAGAAAUUGUGCACAAAGACGAUGUAGAAUGGUGUGACAUACAGAAAACUAGACGGUCUCCGGUCAUUUGAACGAUAAAACUGAGGUGGUCUCCUUUCACAGGCCAACCAGUCUGACCUUGUUAGGAUUUUCCUUGUCUGAGGACUUAUAACUUUUUCUGAGACUAGAAUCAAUUGCAUAUGUAUGUUGAUCUGCAUUUGUAACAAUUGAUUUGUGUUGUCCUCGUUCA